CUAGAGAGUAACAAAUCCUGCUCUCAGCGGAGGAACUCUUCCAAAUGCAGACAGCAGCACCAUAAUACCAGAGAUCUUGUUCUCCCUCUCGUAUUGGAUCGACACUAAACCACUGCAAACUGAAAAUGGGUUAGUGAGGGGAGAUGUCUGGAUUAUUCACGUACACCACUUUUAAAGGAUGGGGAACUGGGUUUUUAAUAACAAUGCAGAAGAAGAUUAAAGAAGAAUAAACAGGAAAAAGACUGGAAUUGUUUAUUUUUUUCUUCACUUUUUUUUUUUUGAGAAAUGAUUGUAGAGUUAGUGUGCAGCGCUGUGGCUGUUGUCCUCAAUUUGAAUACACUGGGUGCUGAUUUCUGCUACGAUGACAGCCGUGCUAUCAAAACCAAUCAGGACCUGCUGCCGGAAACUCCCUGGACACACAUUUUCUACAAUGACUUUUGGGGGACCCUGCUUACCCACAGCGGCAGCCAUAAGUCCUACCGCCCACUCUGCACUCUCUCCUUCCGCCUUAACCACGCCCUGGGGGGCCUGGACCCCUGGGGCUACCACCUUGUCAACAUUCUGCUGCAUUGCAGUGUCACCGGCCUCUUCACCCGCCUCUCUCGGCUCCUUCUCGGGGGCGGCUACUGGACCCUGAUGGCAGGGUUGCUCUUUGCCUCACACCCUGUGCAUACAGAAGCUGUGGCAGGGAUCGUGGGCAGGGCGGACGUUGGCGCUGCCCUCUUCUUCCUGCUUUCGCUGCUUUGCUACAUGCGAUACUGCUCCCUGAGAGGGCACUGUGCCCACUGCUGGCCCUGGUUGCUGGGUAGCUUUGCCUGUGCGGCCUGCAGCAUGCUGUGGAAAGAACAAGGAGUGACUGUCUUGGCUGUCUCAGCAGUUUAUGAUGUGUUUGUGUUUCACAGGCUCAAAUUUCAUCAGGUCAUCUCGCUUAUUUUUAAGAAAAAGAAUACCUCCCUGCUUCUCAGCGUGAGCUCCUUGGCUGCCUGGGGUACCAUCUUAUUGGUGGCCCGCUUGUACUGGAUGGGCAACAAGCCACCCAGCUUUUCCAGCUCGGAUAACCCAGCAGCUGACUCACACAGCUUGUUAACGAGGACUCUGACAUUCUUCUACCUGCCUUCCAUUAACUUGUGGCUGCUGCUGUGCCCGGACACCCUGAGCUUUGAUUGGUCCAUGGACGCCGUGCCUCUACUCAGGAACGUUGGCGACUGGAGGAACCUUCACACUGUGGCCUUUUAUGUUGGAUUGCUGCUCCUAGCUUGGGUCAGCCUCAGGAGUCCCUCCAGGAUCGAGGAAACCAAUGGGAAAGCAUAUGUAAUGAACGGGAAGCACACAAGCACGAAUGGGAAGCAUACAGGCACAAACGGGCAUAGUUGUCACCCAGACAUGGGACUCCCAAACUCAGAGUCUCAUCCUGUAAAAAGUACUGAGAGUGGUAUAAAGAAUAAUGUUAUUCCAAGGACGUCACUGCCCACCACGAAAAACGUAGUGGCCUUCUCUUUAGGGCUAUUGACAGUGCCCUUUCUCCCUGCCACUAAUUUGUUUUUCUAUGUGGGUUUUGUAAUAGCAGAGCGUGUUCUCUACAUACCCAGCAUGGGCUUCUGCUUGCUGGUGACAGUGGGCAUGAGGGCCCUUUACAUCAAAUUAAGAAGGAGGUUCUUGAAGAGCCUACUGUUGUACUGCACUGCCACCUUGGUCCUUUUGUACGGGAUAAAAACAGUGUUGAGGAACCAAGACUGGCAGGAUGAGGAGAUGUUAUACAAGUCAGGGAUAAAUGUAAACCCAGCAAAAGCGUGGGGUAACCUUGGGAAUGUCCUCAAAAGCCAGGGCAAGAUGGCAGAGGCUGAAAAGGCCUAUAGAAACGCCUUGUACUACCGCAGCAACAUGGCUGACAUGCUGUAUAAUCUAGGUUUGCUGCUACAAGAAAACAACAGGUACUCUCAGGCACUGCACUACUAUAAGCUGGCAAUUGGCAGCAGGCCUACGUUAGCUUCUGCAUACUUGAAUACAGGGAUCAUCCUGAUGAACGAGGGAAGGCUAGACGAGGCCAAGCAAACGUUCUUGACGUGCGCUGAAAUCCCAGAUGAAAACCUGAAGGACCCUCACGCACACAAGAGCUCUGUAACCAGCUGCCUGUAUAACCUGGGGAAGCUCUUCCAUGAAAGAGGGCAGCAUGAGGAGGCCCUGUCAGCAUAUAAAGAAGCAGUACUGAAAAUGCCAAGACAAUUUGCACCCCAGAGCCUAUACAAUAUGAUGGGAGAGGCCUACAUGAGGCUAAACAAACUGACAGAAGCUGAACACUGGUACCAGGAGUCACUGCGAGCCAAGCCUGACCAUAUUCCAGCUCACCUCACGUAUGGAAAGCUACUGGCACUCACAGGACAUAAGCUUGAAGCAGAAAGGUACUUUCUGAAGGCAAUUCAGCUGGAUCCCACAAAGGGAAAUUGCUAUAUGCAUUAUGGUCAGUUUUUGUUGGAAGAAUCCCGCUUGCUCGAAGCAGCUGAGAUGGCAGGGAAAGCUGCACAGCUUGACAGCACAGAGUUUGAUGUGGUCUUUAACGCAGCCCAUAUGCUCAGACAAGCCAGUCUCAAUGAAGCUGCUGAGAAAUAUUACCGACUUGCAGCAGGCCUAAGACCCGAUUAUCCAGCUGCCUUGAUGAACCUUGGGGCAAUCCUCCAUCUUAAUGGAAAACUACAAGAUGCAGAAGUGUAUUACCUCCAAGCACUUAAACUGAAACCAGACGAUGUCAUCACUCAGUCCAACCUUCAAAAACUGUGGAACAUCAUGGAGAAACAAGGGCUAAAGACCUUGGGAACAUGACAACAGGAAUUAAAGUUGAACAUAUUCCAUGAAGGGAAAAAAAAAAACAUGUAAAAACAAAUAGGAAGCCACAUGGUGGAUAUCAUGCGCUAAAUCGGCCCUCCUAAAGGUGUUAAAUUAGCCCUCCCUAAUGAGAUUUUACCAUCGGAUACAGAAUGUUAAAUUAGCUGUUAGACUUUAGCAAGAGCCACGAACCGUGUGUAAAACAGGAGCACUUCACUUGAAGCAGGACAUUGCUGCACACUUGAAAUCUUGUGGUAAAGCUCUUAGGGGUUUACAGUCGUCGUUUUGUUCUCUUGAGAUACUAUCCAUCUUGGGAAGGUGAAAGACCACACAAAACAUCAAGAGCUGAAAUGAAACCCCCAAGAGUGCGAUAGUAAACUUAGGUUUGUGUCUGUAAUUCAUUUCUAAAGCUGUGGUUUUGUGAUGUCAAUAGAUAGCUUGUCAGUUUGAUGGUUUUCAUUGGCAUCACAGGCAGCAUGUUGUGAAAGACAUAUUUUGCCAAGCCUUUACGCUAACACUUAACUGACAUUAAAAACAUCAAAUUGUACCACAUUGCAAGGAUUGCUUGUGAUAGCUCUCUUCAUUGUACCCAAAGUAGUAAACAGCUGUCAUUACAAGGAGAGCUGUAUUAGGGAAGUGAAUAAACUCCAUGAAAAGAUUUAGUUUCCUAAAUUAUUAUGGCAAGGAAAGUAAAAACAUGAAUCUCCCAAAUUAUUAUAGCACGGAAAGCAAAAAACAUGACUUAUCCCUUGUAGAAAAUGAUAUUCCAGUUUGUGUCACAAAAUUACCUUUCAUAAAAACUGGAUCAUGGGUAUCACACGUGUAAUAAUGGAAACAAAUCAAAACUUUGGCAUACAAUUACAUUGCUAAAUUCAAGUAAUAAUUUGUGUACAACUGAAAGAAUUUAAUUUUAAAUAUUGCAGCCUAACAAUCUAAAAGUGGAAGUUCUUUAUGAGUAUCAGUAUUAAAGUAGUAGCUAAGGUAGGUGUUUUACUGUUGCCUUUAUGAAGUCAUGUUUGCAACCUCUGCUUGAAACACGGACAGUCAAAAAUAACCCUCUGGGUUUAAGUUGUAAAGAAAUGGAUACUGUUCAGAGGUAUAUUAUUAUUGAGAGGGAUUCUGUCUCAUUUGAAGUCACUUACUUAGAAAUAACAUGCAUUAUGUGGCCAUGGUAUGUUUACUGUUAGCAUUUGAUACUUAUGAGUGCUUAUACUUUGUACUGUUUGUAUGAAGAUUCUCCAAUGGUUUGACAUGGGACUAGACAUCAUUUUUGCAAUGGUCGGGUGUUGCAGACUGAUUUGACACAACCCUGCAGUACCAUUAAAAAAAAAAAAAAAAAAAAAAAAAAAAAAAAAAAAAAACAAUAUAAGGACAAAAAAGUGUCAAGCUUAAACAGAAGGGUAUUAUCAUUUAAUUUAAAUAUGUAUUAAACCAUUGACAGUUUUGAAAAGGGAAUAUGUAGGAAAUGUACCUCUGUACUUGCACACACAAGCAGUGGGGUUGGCUGGGUCUGUGAAGCUGAAGGAUUAACCUCUGUCCUUAUGUAGGCUAUAUUAAUGUAUCGUUUGCUUAAAACCUGACUACAGUAGAGUCUAAAGCCAUGACGGAUUACAGUUCUAACCAAAUAGCUGUACAGAUGUUGCACUCAUGUAAUAAUGCACAAAUCAUAGAACUAUUUUGUGUACGUGUGGGAUUCUUUAAAUGUAUUUUCUUUUUCAUUGUUGUUAAAUUGUAUUCCUCUGUAUGAAAACCAGAACAAAACAAACCACUUUAAUAUAUAAGAAGGCUGCAGUAUAUGUCAGCCACAAUUAGUCAAAUUGGUCAAAGGCAGUGAAUCUUCAAGGUGGGAUCAAAAAAUAUGUAGAUUAAAAUGGCAAUCCAGUAUUUAACUUAUUAUGAGAUUGCAUUAUAUUUUUUGUUUUGUUUUUGUUAUUGCUUUUUUUUAAAUGUAAUUGUUAAACUUUAAUACCUGUUAACAGAAUGUCCCCUUGAUUACAAAAGUAAUCAAUGUUGCUGUUACAUUUGUUUUCAUUACAACAAUAGAACUCCAUUUUAUAGUGUUUGAGCUGCAGAUUGGCAGCAAUGGUUCAAAUAUAUGAAUGGUCCCUGUUGAAUUUCCCACAAGGGUGUCCUUUGGAAUACAUAACCUUGGUAUUAUGUGAGCAACUGUAUAUAAUACUGUCUACUCUAUUUAUAUAUCAUAUUCAUUGGUGUGUGGUACUAUUUAUUUAUUAUACCCGUAAGUACAAAGAGCUAAAAACAAUUCCUAUAUAUCUUACCUAAUAUGUAUUGUCAUAUUUAUUUUCAGAGAGAUAAAAAAAACAUUAAAGAAUAAAAAAAGUGAGAUUUGGCAAAAUAGAGAGAGAUAUAAAGAACAAAAUGUACCUAUCGCUCCUUGCAGAUAUUUCAGUGCUAUAGUUCUACAGGGUUUCUGCAUUCUGCUUCAAGGGUUCACAUGAAGCAAAACAGAAACUUGUGAACCCUAGGAAAAGCAACACUUCGUUAUGGUACUGAAAGCAUGUCAAAGCGUGAGGCUUAUUGGAGUUUGAAUGUAAAACUCCCAGAGGUAAACCCCUUUGUAACUAAUCGCUGUCCAAACAUAUAGUAGAAAAUGUGACAUGAUGGCAAUUAGGUAAGAGCUAUUUUGUUAGCACUGUGUACUUUUAUGUGUCUGUAGUGAACCACUUAAUUUUUGCCAUGCCAAUAAAUAAAUAAGAAGCAAAUAAACCGAAAUUAUUUAAUCACUGCACAGGAAAGACCUUAAUGUUUGUCAUGUUUUAGGCUUUAUGUUGAUUUGGUUGGUUUAUUGUACUUGACAGGGGACAACUGCAGCUUUGAUUGUUCUUCAAAAGAGAAAUGUUAGAAUUUAAAUUCCCCAUUGUCAACAUCCAAUGUUACCCUCUCAUGAUUACAGUAAGCAUGUACAUAACGUUAUUAUCAGAAAGUCAUGUAUGCCCUAUAUAUGCAGAUUCCCUCUCCUUUUAUCUGUGUGUGGCUUUGGUCACUUUAGAGUUUGUUAAUUCACAUCUCCACAAUUCUGUAAUGGUCUACUUCUAAUGGAACAUCAGUAGUCUUCAUGUGUGGCUGUAGCAGUGUUUUCAUCAAUACUGACACUGUGUUGCACGUAGCAAUGAUAGCUGGGUUUGUCACAAAGUGAAACAUUUAACCUAACUGGCGCUGUGGGCUACCCACAGCCCUGCUUCGAUAUAACUUGCAAAUUCUUCUGGUGGAGAAGCUAUUUAAAAUAAUGUUAAGUGUUACAAUAUGUGUCUGCUCAGGGAUUUCAAAUGGUGGCUUAUUGCAGACAGUGCUUAAAGGAGCACAUGGCAAGUUUACUAAAUUAAAAGUUUUUUUUUUUUUUUUUUUGAAAAUUGUUGUAUUUGUAUAAAUUGUCAGGAUGUGUAGGCUUUACUUUUGUAAGAUACAAGCAAAUUAUUAUGUGCCAGAUUAGCUUUUCCCAAAUGUUCUUUUU